AUGCUUUCCGAGACAAUAAAACCAUCUUUUGUCUUGUUUCUUCUCUGUUUCUGUUCACUAAUUUAUGAAAUAAAACCCCAAGUAACAUUUGAUGCAACUGUAGCAACGCUAUGGACUGAUGCAGAAACACCACUUGCGACAAGCGCAUUAGCUACGAAUGCAAGUACCUCCCGAUCAACAAGAACAACAACUGACAUCCCUUUGAUUACAAUCGCAACUGUGACUACUACCACUGGAACAACAUCAAGAACUACAACAUUGAGAACGACCACCAAAGCACCCGUAUCGACAACAACACCAACAACAACAACAACGCACCCAAACAAAGGUAAUCAGUUAGGAAGAACGAUCCAUGGCGCCUUGUUGUUUCUUUGCUUGAUUAUGGCACAUUAA